AUGCCUGACCCAGAAUCUGAGAUACUGCGGCCACUCGACGCCUCCAAUACCAAUUCCGACGACUGGGAGAUAUUUAUCUUGAGCGAUGCGCGAAUCGUCUUCGAGAACAAUGGCAAACCUGCGAGUCUUCUUGCUGCAUAUGCAGACACACCACUCAGGGUGGAAGGGCGAUUAGAAAGCCCUGCGCGUAGCCAGCUGAAAUACUUCUUGAAGAAACCCUAUAAGCCCACAGACAUCGAACUGCGAAACGUAACACGCUUCUCCUACGGCGAAAUGACUGACGGAGCAUAUGUAAUCUGGGCGCAAGGCAACGCAGGCUGGUUCGAAAUACGGCCGGCGGCGCAGUACAGUCAGAUAUACAACGAGAUGGUCCAGGCUGUGGAACUUCUAUACUUCGUCACCGACAUAUAUAGCGAGUCGCGGAAGAAGAGUAGUGGGCCUAGUGCAGAAUUGGUCUUUCAAGAGUACGCAGAGGACGAGCGCUUCCCUUGCAGCGAUGUAGCUACAGCUGAGAGGAUUUUCGACCAUCAUCACCUUUUUCUUAUGAUGUGCUUCUUGAAUAAGGCCCAAGGACUAAGUUGGAGUAACACGCCUUUAUAUCAACGUUUUAGACGCAGAUUUCCGAAAGACUUCGACAAUUGCAAAGCACGUAUCGAGGGCCGCUAUUCGCAAAUCCAGCCUGAACGUUCAGCGCAACCUUCCAAAUUCACGUCGGCAACCACAACAGGCUCCAAGUCAACGCAAACAAAUGCGAAAGCACAGACAGCCCACGGAAAGGUUACGAUACCGAAGCCAGUAGAAGCGCCAAAGAAGGAUGACAAUUGGUGGGAGGCAGCCGCUCUCUUCGAAUUCAUGCAGAAAGCAGUGAAUCAACGGGUUCUGCGGGCAGGCCGAAACCAAAUCACGGUAGAUCGGGUUGCAGAACUUGUUGUCAGGCGGUACGAGAUUGAAGAGGUGGAAAUUGCAAAAAACGUGCUUUUGGUACAUGCACAAAAUUUAUGUUACAUGAUGGAACAUCCCCGCCGGAAGGCCGUACAAUUCUUUGCUUCCGAGCCGAUCUACAAAGAACUAGCAGCUGGACACGACCUAUCUGCAGCCGAACAAAGACGAGCUGAAGGUGUCGAAUUGAAACCACGGAGAGAUCACGGAACUCUCAGAGAUGGAGAGAAUGAAUCUUCAGACACAUCUGACGAAGAAGACGCGAUAACAACACCUGUACGCAGGCCACCAGGUAGGCGGAAGCAAGGUCGGCUAUCUGUGCUACGACCUAGGAGUGGAAAGUUUUCUGGCAAGAGUAAAGGGAUUAGCAUCAAGCCAGGCAGACAGAAGGGGGGGAAGGGGAAGGCGCCUGUACCAGCAAGUGACGAUUCGGAAGCCGAGCAAAGCGACGAGACGACCAGUAGCGAGGAAGACGAGGGAAUUGACACACCGACGCAAGCCUUAUCGCCAAGUCGUGAGAAGAGAAAACUAGAUGACAUGGAUGCGGACCAAGAAGAAAGAGGCCGGUGGAAACGUACAGCCAGUGCAUCUGCGGCUCCCGACUCUCCUCCUACAACCGGCGACUCGGAUUUGGAAGAAGCCACCGCUGUGCCACCUCUACCACUCCGUUACCGGCCAUCCAACGUCCCCCCGCAUGUUAGGCCAGCGUCAUCGUCAGCGAAUACCAGACUAAUGGUAUCACCACCGAUAGUAUCAACACCAUUACCAACCUACGAACCGAACGGCCCGCGCGACUCGUGGAUUUGUAGUUUCGACGGCUGCACUCAGAAAAUUUAUGGAUGUAGUAAGGAAUUGGGCAGGCAGUUGAUCACAGAGCAUCUAGAGGAUCACAGUAGAGGGCGAGAGAAGGUUGUAGGUAUCCUUUGGAGAGAACAGGAUAGGUUGAACCUCCCUGUCAGCAAUCUGAUCAAGAAGAUUCGCGAAAUGAACGAGGCGUCCACACCGCUGUUCCCGAUGCCUGGUGCUUUGACGACGGCGGUGCGGCCCAUACAGAGACCUUUAUAG